GCUCGCUUGCCGAUCUGGAUAGCCGCGGUGGGCUCAUCAUCAGUUUCCAAUGCAAACUAGGAAACAACACACAUGCAGUCUGAAACUGCAAUAUUUGAAUUUAUUUUCUUCGCCGUUUAGGUUUAUGUUUUUCGUUCUAUAAUAUUUCAGUAGAAUGUUUGAAUUGGCCUUUUUAGGCGCUUUCUUUUUUUCAACAGUUCGUCUUACCUCUUCCCAAGAGAGUGGAUACAGACAUUCCGCCGUUUUGGAUGCGAAUGGGAAAUACCGAAUGAAAUGGAAAUUCGACGAUAGAACUGUAACUUUUGAAUUAGAGGUUGAGACCACUGGAUAUGUAGGAUUUGGUUUGUCUUCGAACGGCGCGAUGGCGUUAUCGGAUAUAGUGAUUGGUGGCGUGUUCAAUGGAAGACCUUACCUCCAGGAUUAUUUUGCUGACCCCAGCAGAAAAGUCCACAGAGACUCGGAUCAGAGCUACAGACUGGAGUAUGGGAGGGAAAACAUCACACACACUGUCCUGGCGUUUAGCAGGGACCUAAGCACAUGCGAUCCUAACGACAAAGAGAUAUCGGCCAGCACAGUGCGGGUGAUCUGGGCUUACCACGAAGAGGACGUGGGGCCCUCGGGGCCUAUGUACCACGGAGUGAACCGGGGGAGGAAGAGUCUGCGACUGCUAAAUCCAGGAAGCAGUGCCACCGCUCCCCCUGGGGCUGCCUAUUUCGACCUACAAAACGCUCACGUGCCUGUGCCUUCAAGGGACACAACUUACUGGUGUCAGAUAUUCAAAAUCCCAGAGGUCAAGAAGAAGCAUCACAUAAUUAGGAUUGAGCCUUUGAUUCAGAGAGGACACGAAAACCUGGUGCACCACAUUCUGCUCUACCAGUGUAAUAGCAGCCUGGGAGAGAGUGACCUGAGAGUGGGACAUGAGUGUUUCCAUCCAAACAUGCCAGAUUCCUUCACGACGUGUGAAACUGUUGUCUUCGCCUGGGCAAUUGGUGGUGAGGGAUUUUCUUAUCCAUCUCAUGUUGGUCUCUCCAUUGGAACAUCGAUAGACCCAGUUUUCGUCCUGAUGGAAGUCCACUAUGAUAAUCCAACACUACAACAAGGAUUACUGGACAGCUCUGGUCUGCGCCUCUUCUACACCCCCAAGCUGAGGCAGUAUGACGCGGGGGUGAUCGAGACAGGCGUGUGGGUUAGCCUGUACCACAUGCUGCCCCCUGGCAUGCAGGAUUACUUGUCUGAGGGACACUGCACCAGAGAAUGCCUGAAAGAGUCCCUGGAGGAGGAGAUGCCCAGUGGCAUCCGAGUGUUCGCCGUCCUGCUCCACGCUCACCUGGCUGGCCGGGCUAUUCGGACACGUCACUUCCGGGACUAUGAGGAAAUGAAGCCCCUGGCGUACGACAACGAGUUUGACUUCAACUUCCAGGAAUUCCUUCCUCUCAGCGAGGAGAGGCUGCUCCUUCCUGGUGAUAACUUAAUUACAGAGUGCAGAUACAACACCAAGGACAGAGCUAACAUGACAUGGGGGGGCUUGAGCACCAGGGAUGAGAUGUGUCUGUCCUACCUGCUGUACUACCCCAGGAUUAAUCUGGCCAGGUGUGAGAGUCUGCCAGAAAUCGACAGACAGCUCAAAUUCAUUGGAGUAAAAGCGAUCCAGCAGCCUGUCACGACCUGGCCAUUUAUCAUCAAGAGUCCAAAGAAAUACAGCAACCUCACGUUCACUGAGGCUAUGGACAAAUUCAGGUGGUCAAAGAAGAGAGGGAAGGCCUUCAACGACGUUGUGCUAAGGCUACCUAUGAAUGUGCGCUGCUCCAAGUGGGGUCAGGAUGAGUGGUCGAUUCAGGGCAUGACUGUGCCUCCUCCUGAAGUGCCGCGUGACUCCAAGCCCACCACCUCCCUCUGUAGCCCAAGGAGGAGGGCCUCCUCUUCCUCUACCUCCUCCUCAUUUUCCUCAUCUCCCUCCUCUUCCUCUCCCCUCUCUGUUAUGACUGCACUCCUCUCCUGUUGCCUCUUAUUCUCAGCACACCUCUGGUCAAGCCUUUAACCACAGCCCUGCCUUUACCGUACAUACAUUAAUCCUAGUCCUUGACUAAAAUCAAUUGAGACCUCCACUGACGUUCAGUUGCUUAUUCUUAGUCAUGUUUUUCAUUCCAUGAUGCACUUAAUUUGACAAAAACUGGACAGCAGACAGGCCAUUUUAGCACCUGGAAGAAAUCCUGUUUAAAUAUGUGCAGAAUUCAUUUUGGCUUUGUU